CAAUUGAUCACCGACACUCUCAGUUGUUCAACUGUGCCUAUACCACUGAUCGAUGAGGGCUAAAAAGUCAAAAAAGUAGUCUAACAAUUUUCCUCUUUGUUACAAGGAGCCCUGGGAAAUUAUCCAGCUAUGAAACUGGAAUAACUUGGCAUCAUUGAACCUCUCAGACACUUUAAGUACCUUCUUCAUGGAAAAGAAGUUGUGUUGCGGACGGACCAUUUCAAUUUGUUACCUUGCCAGAACCAAAAGGAACCAGAAGUAUUUCUACAUGGUUAGAAGAAUCAAGCGAGUAAGAUUUCAAACUUGAGUGUCUGUGUUAGCGGAUGCAAUAUCAAGUGCAAAUUAUCCGGAGGUCAUGAUUCUAGACGCUGUAACCGUGAUAAAUCCAGGAGUCUGGAAAGAGAGUUGAAAGAGGAUCCACUAGGAGCUGCAGCCUUGAUGUUUCUGGAACGCAUAGACGCGGGAAGCAUUUUGAAUGCUAACUCUACUGGGUACGAGAGGUAUCGCUAUUUUGAAGUAUUCUGAAUUCCGAAGAAGUUCGGAUAUUGAGAGGAUACACUAAACUAUAAUGAAAGGGUUGUCGUACCUGCAGUAAGACAUGAAGAAGUUUUGGCGACGCAUCACGAUUACAGCCUAUUUGGAGAGCAUUUUGGUACGAAUAUCACCUAUGCAAAGGCGACAGAGAAGUACUAUUGGCCUGAAAGGUGUCAUAGUGCAAACCAGUACAUGAAGAGCUGCUUACAAUGUCUGUUGAUGAAAGCUCAUGAUCCAUCAUCCAUGUCGCGGUUGAUCGGUUUUCGAAACCUACACAUUUUAUUAAUGUAAUAGUCAACUAACGGUGAAGUAGCCGACCUUCUCUUCCGUUAUGUCUUUGCAAAAGACGGAUUUUUUAAUACGAUUGAUAGGCUGCCAUUCAGAAUAAUGAUGAACCGACUAGGUAUCAAGUUAAACAUGUUCAUCAGCAAUGACCCUCAAGCCGAUCGUCAGUCGGAGAGGUGUAUACAAAUUCUUACCAGGUAUACACAAAACGCAGAGAAUGCAUGGCACAAGUUACCACAUCUGGGAUUUGCCUAUAAUGCGAGUUAUAAUACAGCGAUCAGAGCCUCCUCAUUUUAGGUGGACCUAGGCUAUUGCCCGAAUGAACCAUUACUAGACCACAAUAUUGGAAAUGCGAGAAACACCGAUCGAAGACAACUCAUCGAACAAUUGCAAGCAACUGCGUUGAGGACCAAAGAUUUCUCAACAGGAAACCGGGCUGAUAUGCAAAUAUCAAAGAACCUAGGGAGAAGAGAAGAGGGUUUCAAAGUGGGAGAAUAGGUGUUGCUGCAUAGAGACUUUAUAUUUACAAGAAUGCGUACAAAGAAUAUAUGGAGGGGCUUACCGCAUAAUAACGCAUAAGAAUGGGAUAUCCCCGAUCACCUUAGAAAAUACAAGGUGUUAAUGUACAUUGGCCAAGAAGUGCGUUCACCGAACUGA